AUGACCAACCGUCCCCCUUUUCCUUUCCACAACCUCCGACAUCCUAAAUCUACCAACAUCAAACAUCCUCUACCUCCUCCUCCGAUCACUGGUGGAUACUCACAGCCCUUUAAUGGCAAUCACUGUCAGGUAAUCAGUUUACAAGAACGAGAGUGUACAGAUAAUCCUUCAGACAAUGUAAUCCCUCAAAAGAGGCAUAGUACAGGUGUAACAUCAUCACAAGGGAAGAAGGACAACAAUGUAUCUGUAUCGGUCUCUAAUCCAGCAAGACCAAUACCAUCAACUAGCAAGCGUAGCGGAGCUAGAAAGAUGACGGAGAAUGGGGAGAAGGUGCCUCGACCGGAUGCAGCCUCCAAAGGGUCUGUAAUGAGGUUAAAUACGAAGAAGUCAUCAGAUUCAAUGCCUGGUCCUGCUACUACAUCUACUCGGGACCUCUCAUCGCUCGAUCGCUUGCCAAGUACUAGUGCUUCCAAUCCUACCAGCUGUAGAAUGGGUGAUGCCUCUCCUUGUGAAACGGCGUCAGAUCACCCGAACGUCGAGAAACAACCCAUCUCGAAAUCCCAGAACCCUCGCCCGUCGAGAACUUUUUCCGGUUCACAACCCUCUCAUAGCUCCGAUGGUCAACAUCCAAAUGUCCCAUCUUCUUGCCUUCCUCCUCAAUCUUCUGCCCUUCCCGCUCAAUCUUCUGCCCUUCCCGCUCAAUCUUCUGCCCUUCCCGCUCAAUCUUCUGCCCUUCCCGCUCAAUUGGCUUCUCGCCCAAAACAAGUCGAUGUUCCUCCUCGAUCGGCAGGAUUAGGACCUGUGAAGAUAACCCUCAAGAUCACACCUACUGUAUUUCCUUCUUCUCAGCAAGAAUCACUCGCUCGACCGCCGCAGAUUCAGACCACUCCCAACGCUCGAAAGCGAAAGCUGGGAAUUCCCGAUACAACUCAAGGUACAUCGUCUCGACGCCCCCUUUCUACUCAGUCCGGUUCCAACCCCAAACACCUAAUAUCUUCUCGAUCCGCGAACUUCGAACCUUCAACGGCAGCCCCUCCGACCGCGCCGACUUCAUUACUUACUGGGAAGGCUGUCGCUAAAUCGCCGCAGACUAAGGAGAUUGACACCUCACGACAAAGAAGAUUGGAUACCCGCAAUUCGUCUCAGGAUAAAACGCCAAAACACCACAUCCCUGCUAAACCCGCCUCCCACCUCAAACAAGUGGUUGCUCCUCCUCAGUCGUUCGGGACCUCAACAACACCCUUACCAGUUCCAUCGAUCUUGCCCCCUGUUGGGAAAAUAUUUAUCGAAUCGCCCCAAUCUCAGACUAGUACCACAACACGAAAAAGAAAGUUGGAUACCAGUAAAUCGCCUCAGGACGGAUCGUCAAAACGUCCCAAACUUGGACUUGGACUGGCCGAACACACUAGGCCUCGAAUGACAACGGACGUCAUCGAUUUGACCAAUAUCGAUGAUGACGAUGAUGGAGAUGGGGAUGUAGAUAUGCAAGACACCGAUCAUCGCUCGCCGUCAACAAAGGUGAAAACCGAACGCGUAUCACCUCGCACUCAUUCUCGAAGAUCAAAGCCUCAGCAACGAUCGAAUAUUCAAACUUCCCUUGAUGAUCCUAUGGUGGAUGCGAUUGGUGUAAACCCUCAAGAUGAUGUACGACGUCAAUCACCUCCCCAUAUUUCCAUACAACAGAUCGAUCUCACUAAACCUCUUAAUUCAGAUGAAAUUUGGAAGAUCGCCUGUAAUACCCAUGACAAAUUCUGGACAUUGUGUUCGAAGAAGCUGGUGGUUUCCGGUGAAGAGUUCGUGGGUUCUUCCGAAUGGAAGCGAAAAUUGAAGAAUAUAAGGCAAAGACAUGUAAGAGAAAAUGAUCGGACGAAGAUGCCAACGAGAAGCAUCAAGCAGAGUCUUCCAUUCUUACCUCGCAAUCUGAGGGCUGGUGUUCCUCACUUAUCAAGACUCAAAUUCCCAUAUCUCAAAGAUAAAAUCACUGCGAGAGUCAUGACACCGAAGUGCUUUCAACGGUUCUGGGACGAAUGGGACAAUAGGGAGAGCAACGUGCGAACAUGUCGAGAACUACGGAUACUGGUGGUGAAACUUGGCCGAUUCGAAUUUGACAAUGCGUCCAUACCCGCUGUGAACGGACCAAAACCUGAUUCUGUGACCAUCUCAUUCUAUCGUGAUGGCAUUAGAGAGCCAUUGUUUUCGAAGACUUUCCAAUUGAAAGAUUUCGAGUUCCGCCCAAUCGGGAUGAACAUCCAUGCCCCAUUUCCAAUAGAAUACUCGCGUUUCUACGGAAACCGUUCCCCUCUUUCUAUGCGCGCAACUUUCCGUUCGGGCAAUCAACUCUGGAAACAUGUUUUCCUUUCGGAGAGGAUUGGCCAUAUAGAACCGAAUGGGAAAUUCGUCACGAGAUGUGAACCUUUCACUUUACGCACUGCCAUUCGAUCUGACCAGUCAAUCUUGCGGUUGUUACCUGCCCCUGUUUGGGCUUUCGAUUCAGCAACCCCUCUUCAGCCAUUGCCCAGAAAAAUCAUCGAUAAACCUGCAUCCUCCGAUCAUAUCAAAAUCAGGUUCACAGACAGUGCGGGUGGAUCGCAUCAAUGCUUUUGUGGUUUAGAUGAUAGAUUAAUAGAGAAGUUUGAUAGUGAGGAGGAAGUGGCGACAUAUCUUGCUGUCAUACACAAAGGUGAUCUUCAGGUUCGAAGCAAACGGGAAGAAACCGAUGGUCGUCAAAUUGCUCAUAUCGAAUUAUUGCAAAUUGGUUCUUCCCCUGAGGAACAACGCAUUCAGAGCGAUGUACGCAGACACAGUGUCACACGUGAAAAUCUUGAUGUUUCCAUCGCGGGCUUGGUGCAAGAACCUUUGACGGAGAUAGGUAACCCCGCUGCUGGCUCGCCAUUGGUCAGCCCCGCACCACCUCGAAAUGUCUCGAAAGUUUCCGAGUACGAUGUCCCCACGGAUCAUCUACCGUCGGAGCAGCAGUCCUUGCCCAAUGUCCUUCCUAUUACCCAAAUCGAGAUCAACAACGCGUUGUUGGUUCCUGGAUCUCGUACCGAGGAAGUGAAGGAGAAAAGCUCGACACCUGUAAUUACGGUACCAGCCCUUGGACCAUUGUCCAUUACUAUCACAGAUGCUGGGAGCGCCACGAAGGGCAAUGAUACCGUUGAUGCCAUCAAAGAUAGGCCUCAAGUUAAUACUAUUUUCGUUGAAUCCCUCAAAGACACUCUCUCCACGAUUCCCGAUAUAGAGAAAGAUGCUCACACAAUGAAACCUACUUCGAAUGGAUUGGCUGGACCGUUCAUGUCUGAUCGGAAUAAUGAAUAUACGGAUUGGUCAACUCGAAUCGACCCCGGAACGUUGGCGGACCUCUUUCCUGCGCUGGACGACGUUUGGAAUGGAGGGAAGAUCAGACACUUGAUAAGGGAUCAUGAGGAGGCGGUGAUAUGGACGCGGUAUCAUCUUACGGAAGGUCAAAGGUUCUUGGCUUGUUGUUGGAAUCGAUGGGUAUAUGAGAAGGGACCGAUACCAAUUUCAAACAGAUUGAAAUACUACCUAUCAUUUAUCGAAGCUUAUGGGCAGGUUAUGAUUAGAGCGGGAAUAACCAGAGAGAUAGGUGAUCUUUUACAGAUUCAUUGGAGAGAUAAAUAUAUAUCUUUGAAGGAAAUGGGAGAAGCACUGAAAGUUUGGAAUGAGAUUUCAAGAUUUCAUGAAAAGUUGAAAGAGGCAAGGGAGAAUAAACAGAAAGAGAAAGGAACGAGGCCAAUCGCACGGUAUUAA